AUGUUCCAUCUUAAAACUAAUUUUCAACCUUGUGGCGACCAGCCUCGGGCUAUUAAAAAAAUCGUUGCUGGUAUCAAUCAAGGGCAAAAAGAACAAGUGCUAUUAGGGGCCACCGGCACCGGCAAAACUUUUACCAUGGCAAACGUUAUCCAACAAACCCAAAAACCUACGCUAAUUUUGGCUCAUAACAAAACCCUUGCCAUGCAAAUUUAUCAAGAAAUGCAAGGAUUUUUUCCCCACAAUAGGGUGGAAUAUUAUGUUUCUUAUUUCGAUUAUUACCAACCCGAAGCCUACAAGCCAGCAAGUGAUAUUUAUAUUGGCAAAAAAGUUCAGCGUAAUGCCAGUAUUGCCAAGAUGAGAAUGAAAACCCUAAAUGCUUUAAUUACUGACAAAAAAGCGAUUGUAGUGGCAUCCGUAGCCGCCAUUUAUGGUUGUUUUAAUCCCACUUCUUAUCGAAAAGUUGUCGUUCAUUUAGAAAAAGGACAGCCAAUAAAAAUUAAUUGA